CCAGGUCCUGAUGAGAGGAAGUCGGAGCUGCUGCCCGCUGGCUGGGGGGCCAACAAGGAGGUGUAUACGCUGCGCUACAAGUCCACGGACGAUGCCCGUGAGCUGCUGCUGAAGGCCAUCAUGGUGGAAGACAGUAUGAUCCUCAACGUCAUGGAUCGCAGUUCUCAGAAGGUGGCAGAUGUGACCUUGGCAGUGGCCGACUACAUCGACCCAGAGCACCUGGAUGAUUUCCACAAGGUGUACAAGAACACGGAGGAGCUGAGGACAAGGAUUGCUUCAGGCAUCAUUGCUCCACUCGGGGCCCCCACAGAAAAGGCCAAAAAGGAGCCUGAGAAGAAGGAUCCUGACUCACGCCGGGAUUACGACCCCCUCAGGGUCCCUCCCCACCACCCAGCAGGAAGGAGAGCACGGACCCGGCCUUCCCCCUUGAGCCCUUUUGCUGUUGGUGGGGAAGAUCUGGACCCUUUAGGACGUCAGAGUGGGGGAAUGAUCAUGGAUCCUCUCCGGUCUGGCUUCCCACAGCCCGGCAUUGACCCAUCGUCGGGCAUCCCAGGCCGGCUCCCCCCGGGAGCAGUUCCACCCGGAGCCAGAUUCGAUCCCUUCGGCCCAUUAGGGGCCGGCAGAUCCGGGCCGGAUCCCGACCACCUUCCCCCUCCAGGCUAUGACGACAUGUUCAUGUGA